UGCACCUUCUCUUACCUGGGAAAGAAAUCACACGUGUGGAACAGAAAAAUCAAAGCCUACUUGCUCAAAGUCCAAAGGAAGAGAAGGCGGCAGCGGCAGAAGCAGAAAUAUACGAAUGUUUGCUUGUAAGUCUCUUUUCAGAGUUGACCGUUUGUUGAAGCUCACAAAUACUUAUGUCAAAUCGAAGCCGGAUAACUAUUUUCAGGGGCUAUAUUCGAAUAAAAAAUUGAGCCUUGAUUUGAGGAUAGGUGGGGUGAAAGAUAAGCUCAGCACGAUGGACAGGAGGAAAAGAACGAUAGGUUCCUUAUGGAAACCAGUAUGUACUCAAGCUAGUUCCCUUGAAGAGCCUGUGGUGAAGGAUGUCGGGGUUGAGUCAGAAAUUGGAAGUCAAAUGCAAGAAGUAAAUGAGUCGAUGAUUGAAGUUAAGGAUGCAACUGUCAGUCCUAAAGCCUUGGAGGAUGAUAUUGAAGAUGAAGCAUCAAAAGAAAAUCCAGUGCUUUCAGCUGCAAAGCACUCACUUUCUGUUGAGGUUGGUGCCUCCGUGAUUCAAUUUGUCAGAGGAAAAGAUGGAUCUACAAAGGAAAAGAUUGAAAAGGAGACAGGAGUUCAGAUUAUCCUUCCGUCAUCAAAGCAGGAGGAUGCUAUUAUUAUUGAAGGCACUUCAGCUGUUAGCGUAGCUAAAGCUUCAAAAGAGAUACAGCAUAUAAUUAAUGAGGCGGUUAAGAAUCCAAGUCUAGAUUACUCUCAUUUUGUGUCUCUUCCAUUAGCUAUACACCCCGAGCUGGUUGCAAAGCUCUUCAACUUUCAGAACUCAAUAUUAGGAAUCAGUGAUGCUAAUGCGGGUGAGAAUCUAGAAGGCAACUCCAAUGGAGAUGGUUCUGAAGGUGAUGCUCAGGAUGAGCAUCUAGAUAAAGGAUCUGCUGUGGCAGUUGAACUUAAAGUUGCCAAUGACAUGGAAAGUGUUAAGGUGGAUGUAAGAGGCAUACCUCUUGUUAGUUAUGCACCUAAAGAGCCUAAAGACUCAAAGUCUUCUAGUUUAUCAGACUUGAGAAUCGAAAAGUCCAUAUUUAUUAAACCUAAAACAUUUCACCUGACGGUGCUCAUGUUGAAGUUGUGGAACAAAGAACGAGUUAAUUUAGCAACUGAGGUAUUGAAGAGUAUCUCCCCAAAAGUGAUGGAUGCCUUGGAUAAUCGACCUCUGUUUGUAAGACUUAAGGGUCUGGAUUGCAUGAGAGGUUCUUUGGAUAAAGCCCGUGUUGUCUAUGCUCCUGUAGAAGAAAUUGGCAGUGAAAAUCGACUUUCACGUGCCUGUCAAGUUAUUAUUGAUGCUUUUGUUGAGGCUGGGCUUGUUCUAGAGCGAGAUAUCAGACAUGAAUUCAAGUUGCAUGCCACUGUGAUGAAUGCGAAGCAUCGGAAAAGGAGGAAAAAUCGGAAGGUAAAGUCCGAUUUCUUCAACGCAUGUGGCAUUUUCAAGCAGUUUGGAUCGGAGGAAUGGGGCGAGUAUCACAUCCGGGAGGCUCAUCUUUCUCAAAGAUUCAAGUAUGAUGAGAAUGGUUAUUAUCAUUGUUGUGCUUCAAUCCCCUUCCCUGAAAACAUGCAAGUCGACUGAUUCCUUUGUUAAUCCAAAUAUUAGAGAUAGAGAUGUUUGUUUUGGUGCUGUUUCAUGUUUAUACAUAGUUUAAACAAAAGAGAAAAAAUCUGAGAAAUAUAAUGGAAGACACUUUCCUAA